CUGGUUGCAGUCCUCCUGUCUGCUUCGGCGAGGUCGCUGUUGGAGCCGCGUCGACGAAGCUGCAGUUGGAGCCGCGCCGACAAGUUGGAAGUUGGAGCCGCGCCGACGAAGUCGAAGUUGGAGCCGCACCAGCGAAGUCGCAGUUGGAGCCGCGCCGACGAAGUCGCAGUUGGAGCCGCGCCGACGAAGUUGGAAGUUGGAGCCGCACCAGCGAAGUCGCAGUUGGAGCCGUGCCGACGAAGUCGCAGUUGGAGCCGCGCCGACGAAGUUGGAAGUUGGAGCCGCGCCGACGAAGUCGCAGUUGGAGCCGCGCCGACGAAGUUGGAAGUUGGAGCCGCACCAGCGAAGUCGCAGUUGGAGCCGUGCCGACGAAGUCGCAGUUGGAGCCGCGCCGACGAAGUCGCAGUUGGAGCCGCGCCGACGAAGUUGGAAGUUGGAGCCGCGCCGACGAAGUUGGAAGUUGGAGCCGCGCCGACGAAGUCGCAGUUGGAGCCGCACCGACAAGUUGGAAGUUGGAGCCGCGCCGACGAAGUCGCAGUCGGAGCCGCGCCGACAAGUUGGAAGUUGGAGCCGCACCGACGAAUUCGAAGUUGGAGCCGCACCGACGAAUUCGCAGUUGGAGCCGCACCGACGAAGUCGAAGUUGGAGCCGCGCCAGCGAAGUUGCAGUUGGAGCUGUGAAGAUCAAGUUGGAAGUUGGAGCCGCGCCAGCGAAGUUUCAGUUGGAUCUGCGCCAGCGAAGUUGCAGUUGGAGCCACGCCAGCGAAGUUGGAAGUUGGAGCCGCACCGACAAGUUGGAAGUUGGAGCCGCGCCGACGAAGUUGCAGUUGGAACGACACGCACGAAGUUGUUGUUACCCGAAGCUGUAAUUGUACCCGUGUUUGCUACAGUUAGCCUUUCGUCAUGAAUCCGCUGGAAGAAUUCAAGGUCUCGCAGCUGAAGUCUGAACUGAGACAGCGGGGAGCAGACACAAGAGGUUCGAAAUCGGUACUCAUGAUCCGUUUGAAGGAGUUGCUGGAUGAUCAAGGUGUGGAUGUGGCAUGCUUUGUCGCUUCACGAAGAGAUGAUGCAAAGAAGAACGGACACCUGGAGGAUGCCAAUGCUGGAGACUCUUCUCGUCGUGAGGACGACUCUUCUCCAGCCCCUGGACCACUCGUGAGAGCCGGUUCGCAGGCAUCCAUGGACAGUUCCGCCUCACGAGCUUCUGUUUCUUCUUUGCGUGCUGCAGAAUCUGCUAAGAAGGCUGGACUGAUCGCGCGGGCUUCCUUUCUGAAGAAAAAGCAGAAGCUCGAGAUGGAAGCCAUGGAAAUGAAAAUGCGCCAGGACGAGCUACAGCUUCAAGCUGAACUUGCCGAGUCUGAAGCAAGAGAACAGGUUUUGCUGGAGAGUGAAAUGGCCCUGAAUCCUGGAGUGGCCCAACUGGUAGAACAGCCGCCCACCGGAGACCAGCGCGUGGAGCCGGAGAGAGCAGCAGCAUCUGAAAUCCAAGAAGUGUCUGCGUUGAGGAGGACUCUGCCUCUCUCGAGGCCCGGUCCUAUUCCAGUCGUCCCGGCAGAACCGAUGACCGAUGGGAGUACGAGGUUCCAGCCAGCUCCUGUCCAAGUUCCCCACGAAGCUAAUGGCAGCAAGAGCAGGAGUCAGCAGGAUGCCACGCAGAUACUCCUGUCGCAGUUGCAAAGGACUGGUCUUCCCACGCCUGAUAUACCAGUUUUUACGGGUGACAUAACCAAGUACAGGUCUUUCUUGCGUGCCUUCGAAAGCAGGAUUGGCAGCAAGACGGACAACGAUGCCGAGAAGCUGCUCUACCUGGAACAAUACUGCAGCGGAAAGCCGAGGGAAAUCAUCAGAGGAUGUCUGUAUAUGUCCGACGAAGCUGGUUACCUGGAGGCGCGACGACUGUUGGAGAGACGCUACGGUGAUCCGGAGUCCAUUUCGUCGGCGUUCGUGGACAUGCUGGUGGACUGGCCCCAGGUGAAGCCGGGAGAUGUAGACGCGUUGGAUCGCUUCUCACUUACUCUGACGUCGUGCCUGAAUGUAAUGCAAGAGAUACCACCUGGUGAAAGAGAAACUGAUCAUCCCCGAACGAUGAGAAGAGUGGUUGAGAAGCUUCCUGUCCAUCUUCAGGAUGCAUGGCGCAGACGUGCGCAUCAGAUCAAAGAAACUGAGGGAAGAAAAGUGGUUUUCAACGACAUCGUAUCAUUCGUUGAUCAUGAGGUUCAGGUUUUGACAGACCGAACCUUCGGAAAACAGAAGGAUGAGAGAACAAAGAAGGCCACGUUUACCGUGUCUGCUACCACUGUGACUGAAGGAAGCCGUACCGUGACGUGCUUGUACUGCCAAGGAAGACACUUCACCGACGUCUGUCUGGAGCUGAGCAAGCUGCAGUUCGAGGAGAGGCGGAAAUUUGUGCUGGAGAAUAAGCUGUGCUUUGGCUGCUUACGUAAAGGACAUCAGUUCAGAACUUGCUUCAGGAAGCUGACCUGUGAAUCUUGCAAGCGACUUCAUCCGACCGCAAUGCACAAAGACGAAACCCCUGGGACUGCAACACGUACUGACAGCGGGAGCCAGCAAUCCACUCUAGUGAAGAGUGGGAGGCUGGAGAUCUCGACAGGCACAGCAGGCAGCUCGUCAGCCAUGAUGGCCAUCUUACCUGUGCAGGUUUGGAAUGAAGACUGUUCAAAAUCUGCUGUGACGUACGCAUUCCUCGACAUGGGUUCGUCUGCUUCAUUCUGCACACCAGAACUUCUGAAGAGCCUCAGCAUGGAUGGAAAAGUGGAGGAUCUCACCAUGACGACUGCCACAGCAGUGAAUCAGAAGAUCACCUCCAAAAUGGUCAAAGGAUUGAAGAUCUCUGACACCAGGGGCAGUAAUGUGAUCCCCAUGCCGCGCCUGUACACCUUGGACAAGGUACCGGUGGAUCACAGCGACAUUGCAAGAAUCGAAGACCUGCGACGAUGGCCGCAUCUGCAGGAGGUUGUUGCAGAACGUGUGGAUGUCGACAUCGGAUUGCUGAUUGGAGCCAACUGUCCUCAGGCCUUGGUUCCCUUGGAAGUUCGUUCGGCUGAGGAAGGAUGUCCGUUUGCUGUUCGGACGGCACUUGGUUGGGUCGUGUAUGGACCAAGGGAGGACAGUUUGCUAUCAGACGAGGGAUGUGAGGUCCAAAGGAGGGGCCAGUGGGUUGGAAGGACCGUUGUGUCUAAAGUGAGACCACCGAGCCAAAGUUGGAGCCGUGGAGCCCAGAGUCGGGACGCUUUCAGUCCGUUUGGAGGCAGUGUUGCCUGUGGGACGUCGGGAGCUCAGUGGGUUUGCGCGGGUGCAGACCGUGGGCCCACUUGGGUCGCCCGGGUCCGGAAGAGUGGGCGCUGGGGGUCGCCCAGUGAGUGUGUGUGUGGUGCCGGCAGGCGAUGACCGGUGGAUGAGCUUCUGCCGGCGCCAGCGGCAGCAGCAGCGGCAGGAGCAGCAGCAGCAGCAGCAGCAGCGCGGGUUUUGGCGUUGAGUACGAAGGAAGACCUGCAAGACGCGAAACUGGGAAUAUCUGGUUUCGAUAUUGUGAUUGUGUCACAAGUGCGAUUUUCGGAAGAAUGUCUUUGUUGGUAAUAUUGGUGCCUUAUCUGAAGCGUCUAGAAGAUAAGCAAGAAACCCUGUUGGUUGUUGUAUACCACACAUCAAGCAGACGGCUGCCUUGAGCGCGGCUUUGGCUAAGAUCUUUGAACCAGGAGGGUUCAAGGGAGGGGGUGUGGUCGCCGCGCUCUAUCGUUUCCUUUUUUCCUUCCGUUCCCUUAUCUUUUGUUCCAAUAUGAUUUGUCCGUAGUUCACCGUGCGCCUUUCUGGCUCGACGCCAACUUGGCCGGCUACCCGAGCCUGUAAAUGUGACCACUGCCGAUAGAUGCCGCUAAUGAUUAACCGCGAGUGACCUGAGAAGUAGUGCCGUCCGACACAAUAUAGCAUAAGCGUUUAUAUGUAUCUGUAAUUGCAAAUGCUCAAAAAUUGAUUGUUUCGGGUGCUUAUUUAUUCAACAAUAUUUCCAACACUGUUAUAAGUAUCCCGAUGUUGUGCGAUUUACUUUCGAGCUGCCACGUCAUGUGUUCGUGCGCGGGGCGUGUCGCAGUGACCGGCGACUGGGUCGCGGCGCCAUUGCUGGUCGAGAGGCGAUAAGCGUGUGACGUUGUGUGCUGUGCUCCGUCGCAACUGAUGGUAUGAUUCGAUGGUGACCGUCGUGUCAGGAGCGAGCCGCGUGGAAUGUCCCGCAGGAGGCGUUACCUGUCGGUAUGUAACGAAUGAUAUUGGUCCCUGGCACAUUGAAAUGUUAUUGCUGAACCCAUUUACUAUCGGAUUUGCAAGCUGAAGUUAGAUGUUAAUUAUCGGGAGAAUUGCCGCGCUGUUCGGAUUAUGUGAGGGGAUUGGCGCACGGUGACGUAAUUUGUCUCGUUAGUUUUAUUGUGUUAUUUGCUUUUGUUGUCGCCCGCGUUAUGUGCAUGUUUUGCUGUUUUCGUUGCAUUAAUUUUCGUACUGUUUGUUUCUACAGAAACGACCAAAUACAGGCCAGUUACGGCUGA